CAUAUUUCUGUGAACAAGUGAACUGGCAACAUGUCGAGCUCCCAGAACAACAACAGCAGCUGGAUCGAUUGGUUCCUCGGGAUCAAGGGCAACGAGUUCCUCUGCCGCGUGCCCACCGACUACGUGCAGGAUACGUUCAACCAGAUGGGCUUGGAGUAUUUCAGCGAGAUACUGGACGUGAUCCUGAAGCCGGUGAUCGACAGUUCCUCUGGCUUGUUGUACGGCGAUGAAAAAAAGUGGUACGGCAUGAUUCACGCCCGAUACAUCAAGUCAGAGCGUGGCGUGAUUGCUAUGCACCGAAAAUAUAUGCGAGGAGAUUUUGAAUCGUGUCCCAAUAUCUCCUGUGAUAGGCAGAACACCCUGCCAGUGGGCCUCAGCGAUGUAUGGGGCAAGUCAACCGUCAAGAUCUACUGCCCACGGUGUAAAAAGAACUUUCAUCCGAAGUCUGAUACACAGCUGGACGGAGCGAUGUUCGGGCCCAGCUUCCCGGACAUCUUCUUCUCGCUGCUGCCGAACUUGAGAUCGCCCCUGGACGACCCACGUACCUAGGCUUUCGGUUGCACCUGAAAGCCUUGAUGCAACUCAAAUCGCCCAAAUUCAAAUAAAAAUAAAAAU